AUGUCUGCUACUGCUACUGCUACCCUUACUGCUGCUUCUGGCCACCGUCUCGGUGGUGCCAAUGAAUAUAAGCCUGAAAUGAACUAUGAAGACUUUGACAACUACAAGUUUGCUCCUAUUCGUGAAUCUCAAGUCAGUCGCGAGAUGGUUACUCGUUACAUGAACGACAUGCUUCAUUACGCUGAAUCUGAUGUCGUGAUUGUUGGCUGUGGAAGUGCUGGUCUCUCCUGUGCUUGGGAGCUCUCCAAGGACCCUAGCUUGAAGAUUGCCAUCAUUGAGCAAAGCGUCUCUCCUGGCGGCGGCUGUUGGUUGGGUGGCCAACUCUUCUCUGCUAUGGUUGUUCGUAAGCCUGCUGACAAGUUUCUUGAUGAACUCGAAAUCCCUUACGAAGAAAAGGAGAACUACGUCGUUGUCAAGCAUGCUGCCUUGUUCACCUCUACCAUCUUGUCCAAGCUUUUGAUGCGCCCCAAUGUCAAGCUUUUCAAUGCUACUGCUGUUGAGGAUCUGAUCGUCAAGAACGGCAAGGUCGCUGGUGUUGUUACCAACUGGACGCUUGUCACCUUGAACCACAAUACUCAAUCCUGUAUGGACCCCAAUGUCAUGGAAGCCAAGGUCAUUGUCUCUGGUACUGGCCAUGAUGGACCCAUGGGUGCUAGUGGUGUCAAGAGAUUGGAAUCUAUUGGCUUAAUUGAAGGCAACAAGGGCAUGCUCUCUCUCGACAUGAAUGCUGCUGAAGAUGACAUUGUCAAGUACACGCGUGAAGUUGUUCCUGGUAUGGUUGUUACUGGUAUGGAGCUCGCUGAGCUCGAUGGAGCUCCCAGAAUGGGUCCUACUUUUGGUGCCAUGCUGAUCUCUGGCCAAAAAGCUGCCUACGCCGCUCGUGCUUCUCUCAAGCGACAAGCUGAAGAGGAGAAGGCUGCUCUUAAGGCCUAA